AUGGGUGUCUACAUGAUGGAGAAGCGAUUUCUCACUUUUCUGAUAAUGAGUACAGUACUGCAGAUACUUGUUCAGGAUGUGACUUCCAUCGCUAACUGGCAUGGUCGUAUAAAUUUCCGUCGUUCAAGACGAAACACUGUUCGAGCAACCUUAAAAGUGCCUUCAACAAAUGCCCCUGCCACAACAUUGCGCACAACUGGUAGAGUAAUAGCAAGUAGCGGUUUUACAAAUACACAGGGUGUAUCUGAUAGUUACAGUUUCUCAAAAAAGAAAAUUUCAAAAAGUACACCAUCAAUUGCCAACGAUCCAAAAGGUACAGCGCUAAAAGUCGAAACCCCAGCUCUUACUGAAGAAAAUGAUAAUACAAGCGCCACCUUUAAUACCACUCAAUGGCCAGCAACAGCAGUCUCUGUAGGAAAUGCAUACGUUAGUCGUAAUAAUGAUGUGAACAUAACCCGACCUGCACCUUCAGAAGCGUCCAAUGUGAAAAUAUCCAGGAAUGAUAACAUCGCUAAUUACAGCGGACAAUAUAAAGGUCAAAGUCACGACAAGACUCAGUCGAAUUCAAGUUACCUAACUGAAAGGAAAUAUUUCUUUCAGCAUUCAGAUAAAGCACGCAUUCAAAAGAUACAAGAAUUUCUCGAGGACAAUGGUUGCUUUUCAGCCUCGUUUGACAAGGAAACAGAGGAAUUCAUCUUCGAGAACCCUUCAAAGGGAUCAAUGAGACACGGUCAAGCUCUGAACACCCUUGAAACGACACUCAUGAGUAUCUCUAUGACAGCAGAAGUAGUUUCCUUAGCAUUACUCGUCGUUAUAAGAGUUUCAAAGUCGGAGCGGAUUUUCGUGCACAAGAAUCUGCUCAUAUCGCUGGCUUUUGGACAACUGGCUUACAUUCUUGACAUAAAUAUCUUCGCAUCAAGGAACUUACAUCACACCAUAUGCUCUGUCAUUGCUGCCGUCCAGCACUAUCUCUAUACUUCUCUUUACACUUGGAUGUUGAUUGAAGCAAUAAACCUUUACUUGAAGAUAGUGAAGGUUUUCUCUUUUGGAAAGUCAUAUGCAACAUACAGCUUGAUUGGAUGGGGCAUACCAGGACUCAUUGUUGUUUUGAUGGCAGCAAUCCAGCCUUCAACAUACGACAUGAGUACAAUUUUGUACAAAGACAUUACGUGUGGAACACUCAAACUCAGGGGGACUGAGGAAAGAGAAAGAUGUUGGCUCAACGGAAGUAUCUGGAAAUUCAAAGGACCCGUGCUUGCCAUGCUUCUGGCAAACCUUGCGAUCUUUGUUAUUGUUCUGCGAAUGAGCUUUGGGAGGAUUGGAAGCACAAUGCAAUUGAGGCCUUUCUUUCUCUCCAGGAAAGGACUAAAAGCUAUCUUCGCUUUGCUUCCACUGUUGGGUGUGACAUUUUUGCUGGGCUUCUUUGUUGAUUUUCAUGUUGCUGUGGAAUACGCCUUUGUGUUACUGAAUUCAAUUCAGGGUGUGCUGUUCUUUAUCUGUCACUGUGUACUUGAUGAUCAGAUUCGUGAUGCCAUGAAUAAGAUGCUACGUAAGAGGAAACGGGUACACAGUCUCCAGCAAUUCAAACAGGAGCCCAAAAAAGCGAUAGGAAUGGCUAGCAAGAAAACAGCAGGAGUUGUGAAGAAUAAGACGAACGAGGGAGGAAAGAGCGAGUGAGUUCUUUCUUACAACAAUUGACUAAGAACUAACCUCCACCACCCCCUCCCUCCCCUCCGCUGGCGGUAAAUAGCGACUGGUC